AUGAAGAAAAAUUAUGAACAACACGAAGCCGAAAGACUGACUAAAUUGGAAAUGGGGGAGAUAACAAAGCUGGUGUCCUCAGACCCAAGUUUUGUUUCUAAUGGAAUGAUCACGGAAGAUAUUAAGUACUACAUAAGUCUUAAAGAACUGAAGUUGUCGGGUGUUGAUUUGAAAACCCUAGACGGUGAGGUUUUACCAAAGUCUUUAGAAAAGAUCAAUUGUAGAGACAACCAAAUAACAUCACUACAAAAUAUGACGAAACUGACGAACUUAAAGAGUCUGAACGUGUCGGAUAACCCUUUAAAAUAUGUUGGAGAACUCCCACUACUUAACUCGUUAAAAAUGAAGUUUUGCCCAUUUUGUGAUAUCAAAAAUGUUAUUCGGACGUUGUACACAAUGACGACUCUGACGACCUUGUCACUUCCAAAAUCGUUAAUACUUGAGCCGCUUGAGCCCGCCAUGAUUAUGGAAUUACUGACUUUACAACGAGUCCCCAAUAAAUUUCUUAAGGCAGAAAUUAAGUUUUAUAAAAAGAUAUUACAAACAAAGAUUCCUUCAAUUUUAGACAGUGACGUGUACAUCCGAAUACUUAUAUUAUACCUCCCGUUAUUAAUCAAAUUUGACGAUGAAACAAUUGAUUACAAAGCAAGGCAGUUGAUUGCAGAAACAGUCAAGGCAGAGUUUUCACUGGAAAGUGCUGUCAUCCCAAAUCUCUUCUUCUUUAAUAGAAACAAAACAGAAGCUUCAAGUAGAGAUCUGACUGACUAUGUCGCGUCAACGUACGUAUUUGGUGACACACACUUUGACAAGAUAUUUAAUGGACAUGACGAUAUAAGGCAGUUUGAAUUUAACCCACACGUCCCUUCUACUUUACUUGUUGGGAAGAUGAGUGGAGAACUUUUUAUUGGAAACACUGAGACUAAUAACAUCCAAAAUGUGAUUUCACCAUUUACAUCACCAGCUUUUGGGAUAUGUUGGAACCCAAGAAACGACUUGAAGAACACGUGUGUAUUGGGGAGUCGAGAUGGACAACUUGCGUUCUUUGAUUUUGACCGAAAGAAUGAUGCGGUGUUGGUGAAAGAUGACUUCCAACAUAUUACAAGCGUACAUAUCAAUAGCACUAGUACCAGAAUAAUCACUUCGGGACAUGAAAAUACAGUGAACCUUUUGGAUUACACAACAGCUACCAUUCUUAGAAUUUUUGGAAAUCUCCAUAGGGAGAACGUGAAUGUCGCAAAAUUUGGAAAUACGUCGCCAGAUUUGUUUACAACGUGUUCGUUUGAUUCGACUGCUUGUGUGUGGGACUUACGGACGGAUUGUGUAAACCCAGUUAUUCAAUAUGAUUCAGAAGCGCCACUUAUAACAACUAUAUUUUCACCAGACGACCGAAGCGUGUUAAUUGCUGGGGUUGACAAUUAUGUUGUUGAUGUUGAUUUGCGAAGUGUAAGGGGUGUUGCGAUGAAACUGGAGAGAAGGUGGAGUGUUGAGGAUUUUUCAAGAGCCUAUUAUUGCAAUGGCGGAAGUGCGGUAGUUGUAUCACACACAAAUGAGGAUGUACUGCAUGUCUGUAGAAAGUAUGAUGGGAAAAGAAUUGUGGACUGUGUUCUUGAUAGCAGUGAACAAACUCCAGAUAUUGCAUUUUUGACUGUGAGAAGUGACCCAUUUAAAGAUUUCAAUUUUGUUGCACUCACUAUGUCCGAAUUUGUUGAUACCAUGAAUUUAUAUCAAUGCACGCUCAUCUAG